AUGAGCCUCAUCAUUAUCACCACCAAAGUGCAGGCCCUGAGGGACACGCAGCAGAUGCACCAAAGGAAAUGUCCUUCACCUUUUAAAAGAAAGAAGGAAAAGGAAGGAACUAGAGUGAGACAGGAGAGCCAACAGCAUCAGCAUGGCAGGAAGGCUCCGAUGUACGAAGAUGUCCCAGAGUUUCCUGUCUAUGCCACCGUAAAUAAGCCCAAGAGUGUGAAACAGGACGAGAGCAUUCAUUAUGCAGAUAUCCAGGUAUUCACCAAGGCCCGGGAGCGCUCUGCGGAGGAGGUGAAGAACUUGCAAAUGCAGAAUGCCACAGAGUACGCCACCCUCAACUUCCCCAGGCCCAGGCUGAAAUACGACAGCAAGAACGGGACCUUGGUGUAAGAGGCUUGCUGGCCCCCUCCUCCUUCAGCAGCAAAAGAAUUUCACAGGUUUAGAGAUGCUGUAGACCCGAGCCAAGCUCACGGAUAGACCAAGUCUCCCUGAGAAGAUGUAGAAAGGCUGUAUCUUCCAUCUGCAUUUGGCUUUGGAGGACACAGACAUACUUAUCCUCACGUGAGGAAUAGUCCUAUCUGAGUCUGCUGGAAAAAGACAUCUCUUCAGAAAACCUGGGUCACUUCUAAGGCUAGCAACUCACCCACUCUGGGCUCCGAGAGGAGGCAGAACUGCCCAACGGUUGAUGAAGGCUAAAGCUGCAGCCCAGAGCUGCACAGAGAAAGUUUCUGCUGUAGCUGAGGUCUCCUGAGUGCGGCUCUGCAGGCAGACUUGGGAACACAGAAAACAGGAUUAGAUCCUGGGAUCAGAGAUAUGUUGCCACUGGAUUCUAUGUCAGUGCUAUGAAGAUUCUGCUAUGUGCUGUAGAAAAUGACAUGUGGAGGAGACUGCAAGGAAAUGGCAUGACAUUUCUAACAGUGGUUGCCAUAAUGCCUUCCUCCAACACCAGCCACAGCACACUGAAGAUCUCAAGCACUAGCUGCACCUCCUUUACUCAAAAUAAUAGUGUUUUGUGAUGAUGCACAGCACUAGGACCAAGGCCAGAAAUGCACAACUGGCUGAGGGGUGCAGAACAAGUGCUUUUGCUGGAGGAUUGCACAGGUGGGCAUCCUCCCCUAGCACGUGUAAUGGACUUUUGGCUCUAACUGGAAAUGAAACAAGGGAAAUCCACUAUUUACCUGUAAAGCAGACAUUAAAAGGCCAUUGCCAAUAUUUAGGGGUAGUUAUAGUGUACAGUAGCUGUUUGCAUGCCUGUAACACUAGGAAUGAAUCGUGGCCAGCUUCAGUGAGGGCUUGGAGUUUUUCUCUGCUGUUUUUCUUUUAUUUUUGUGUUAGCAGCCCUAGUUACAAAGCUCUAGAACAUAAUGCUCAUGUCAUGUGUUUUUUUCCUGCUAACCCUCCCACAUAUACAUUUGGGAAUCUGUUUAUGGGUUUAAAAUAGUGUUAGCAAUGCAGUAGAGGAACUUCCGAAAUGCUUCUGCUGCUGGACUGAAUUUGAUGUGUUGGCAGCUGAGCAGGGCUCCCUCAUGGUCUAUCCAGACACUAAAUCAAUGCUUGGCUCAUUCUGCUCCUCACUGAUGGUCUGAACAGCUAAAUGCAGAAUGUGGGAUGAUUCCUUUAUUGCCAGUGUUUAAAAGUGCACAGCCUGCUGUAAUUUUAAGCAUACAUCAUUUCCUACAUUAUGGGUGAGCUGGAUGUAAAGAGCCGGAAGCAGUUCCUACUCAGGACAAGCAGCAAAGCUGGCCCAGGCAGCGUUUGCUGGCAGGGAGCUGUUCAGAGGACCAAGCCCAGCACUUUCUACCUAAAAAGCUCAUUUUGCCGUGCCAUCCUUCAAACCUCAUAGGGGCUAUCUGCAGGCCUUGGGAAGCUUGCAGGGUAAGGCAGUGUAUUUAGACACAGUAUUAGGGUAUUGGAAGGACUUUUUCCCCCGCGUGCCAAGGAUUCCUCCCCGCCCUUCUCCAGACUCCUGCCUGCUGAGCCCAGCAACAUUGGACACUGCAGAUUGGAGGGACACGUCCUCCUCCAGGCACCGGAGGGGAACCUGGGGACGCAGCCAGGCGCCUUCUCCCCGUGACUCAUCGGUACGAAGACUAGAAACACUGGCUUCGUGUCUAGCCCAGCCUUCCUUGGCAUGGGAGUGACCUGCUUUAUCAGACUGACUUUCUUAUAUGUGCUAUUGAACACGGAUUAUCAUUUAGCAAUCAGGGGGAGGGUGUUGCAGAAGGUACAGGAUCCUUUUUAAGGACAAAUUCAGCCCAUCCCCAGCAAUGGACUUCUCUUCAGAACCUGCUUUUGCACUGAAUAAAUAAUAAGAGACUCUGUGAAUGUGGCCUCCCACAUU